AUAUAUUUAUUCUAUACAUAUUUGUAACUAAUAUUAUUUAUCUUUUUUUUUAGGUUCAUUACAACCGGACUGGAUUACAGUCUUACCCCCAAAAAUAAAAUUAUAUUUUAUCGUCAACUGUUGGAUCGUCUCCGAGCACAGGAUUUUAUUUGGAGGCCAUAUUUGGGAUUGGAACAUCAACCAAACCCCGAAGAUGCAGCUGUUUGGACAGCAAAAACGGCCAUAAUGCGGUUCACCACUGUGGAGAUGCACCAAAGUGACCGUGUCAAGCUUCAAUUCGGAAUGCAUCAAGACAUCCCAGGCCCCCCAAUGUCCAUGGAACCUUGGCAUCUAAAAAAAGUCAGCCACCAGUGGUAUGCCCAAAAUUGGAAGGAAUUUGCUAAGGAGUUUCGAAAAAUGUGGAAAGACCGUGCCCACUAUGUUCUACAAUUUCCGGUGGCGCCCAACGAAAUGAAGCCGACAAGGGAAUAUGUGGAAUGGUAUAGAGCAAAUACCAAUCCAGAAAUGAUUGUGUCUGACCCGUUCUAUUUGGACGAUCCCCGGAUGCAACAGCCAUAUUUCCAACAACAACAACCACCACAGUAUUCCCAACAACAACAACCACCACCUUAUUACCAACAACAACAACCACCACAACCAUUUUACCAACAACAACCACCACCACCUUAUUACCAACAACAACCACCACCACCAUAUUACCAACAACAACAACCACAACACAUGUCCACCCCCCAAGCAAAUCAACAAUACAUACCACAAACUCAAUCCCAAUACCAUGAAGACUACCAACAACAAACUCAACAUUCCCACCACCAUCAACAGUCCCAACACCUACCACAAUAUCAAUCCCCCUACUUCCACCAAUCCCAACAAUUCCAACACGGCAAUUUCCCAAGCUCUUCCAGUCCUCCACCUAGCCCCGACACGGGUAUACAAGAGGACUACCAACAGGACUACUACACACCACAACAAACAUUGCACUUUGGCCAACCCGAUUCAACCCUAAACUACCAAAGACCACAAUUCGAGGGCGCACCCAGCAGUAGUCAGUUUGUCCCACCGAGACAAAGCUUCGAGGGCGCAGAGGGGACCCGUCUUUCCUACAGCACUGAAGGGACUUCGACCGAACCACAACGGCAAGCGGCAAGGGGGCGCGUUAGGGCAAGGGGUGGUAAUAGGGAAGCACCACCACCACGUGAACCGUCUAGGCGAGUAACUAGACCUCCCCCGUGCGGAUCGUACAAGGGACCGCAUCAUAUGUGAUUAAUCAUAUCUUUGUAAUAUUUGCCUUGUUUAUUAUUUAAAUAAAAAUAUUUUCUGUUUAUUA